AAACUGGAAAUUUCAUCCGUGUUGAAUGACCUCCCCUCUUGCUUCCCAAUUUCAUAUAUUCUUUCUCUCUCUUCCUUCCGUUUUCUCUGUCCUCCUCCAUAUCCUCGUUACCUUGCAAUUCACCUCUUCAACCUCGUGCAAAUCUCUUCACAUCAUCUUCUUUAUUUUUUUGACAGAUUUCCCUAAUUUUUGAAGCAAAUUACCAACCAAGAAUGACUUGCUGAAAGCUCUUGCUAUUUUUUGUUGUUGUGACAGGCUUUGCUAUUGCAUAUUCCAUUUGACUUAAAUUUGACAUGCUGAUGGAUGGAUUGUUGUUGGUCUCUAGUGGCUGCAGAUAUGUUGUUGCAGAUCAGUUGAGGGCGGUAUGUUGCCAGUGAUUGAUUGAUGGGCAGUUGUUCGGGUAUGUUUGUCUUCUCUUAUUGGUGCCUUAUUUGUGAUGUUGGCGUAUUGCAGAAGGGAGGUAGUGGUUGUCACUAAAAGUAGGAUCUUUGUUAGGGGCAAUGAGAUGUUGAUCUCGAUCAUGGAAGAAGAAAUUAAAGAUCAUGUAGAUUUAGUGCAACAAGUUUUACUUGUUCAAAUGAAGACAUUUUUUUUUCUCUGUGUAUGUCACUUAUCUAAUUAAUACUAAUCUAUUUUAGUCUCGCAUGCAUGUACAAUACAUUACGGAAUCUGAUUUCUGGACAAACAAAAAUUGAAUGAACAUCUUGAAGUGAACGAUUGAUUUGGUUGUCCUAAGAAUCCUGAUCGAAAUGAAGUUAAUACUGCAAGCACAAGCUAUUCUUCUGCUGCAAGCACAUAGCGUUUACUUUCGAACAAAAAUACGCAUAAAGGUUCUCACGAUAAACGAAGUUCUCACCUUAAGGUGGUUCUCACAGGAACUUCACCCUAUAUAUAUAUAUAUAUAUAUGACACGACUCCCACACAUAGAUAAAAUAGUUUCAUUUGCUUACUUAAAUAUCGUAUAUAUACACGACUCCCACACAUAGAUAAAAUAGUUUCAUUUGCUUACUUAAAUAUCGUUUCCUACAAAGCAAAACAUGAGUGAUGAGCAUAACGUUGAAUACUUUAGAGAUUUUAGUCCAAGCAGUGUUAUUGAGGAAGUUGAUGAUAAUCUUUACCAAGUUGAUGAUAAUCUUUACCAAGUUGAUGAUCUUGAGGAGGAGGAGGAAGAAGAGGAGGACACCCUUUUGCUAAAUGAGGAGGCAAACGAAGACGACCAAGCAUCCAUCCUAGACGAUGUAGCUAAUUACAUCAAAUCCUUGAAGCUCCAAAUUGAGGUUUUGGAAGAGACGGCCAAGGCGAACCCUCUUAAUAUGAAAAUGGAACCUAAUACUCCGGUCAUAAGUCAUGUUCUGCAUUUGAAAAAACAUAUAGAUAUAUAUCGAAGUAAUAUAGGGCCAAGUCAAUGGGAUAGGCCAGCUAUGCAAGCAUAUUGUUUGAUGUAUACUUUGCCAGACAUCGAACCUUGGUUCUGGUUAAAAACACAAUGUUAUCAGGAGUUGAUCAACUUUAGACCUUUGGAACCUACUUGGAACUUUUAUGAUAGUGUUCAAUGGCCAAGAUGUUUUGCAUCUAUGGCUUUGUCAUGCUCUGAGUUUGAGUACUACUAUGUUCACGGCCCCUCCGAUACUCGUUUUCCUACGAAUAAUUCGGAAUCUCGAGAUUCAGGGACGACAACGUUAACUCAGCUUGGAGAUUGAAGAGAAAUCGAUCAAGGGAUGAAUGAGUUAUAGGAUCAGAGCCUCAUGAGUGAAUGUUUGUGUAUGUACCUCAUGAGUGAAUGUUUGUGUAUGUAAUAAUUCGAACAAGUUGUUGUAUACCCAAGUCAUUCGUGUUCAAUUAUGAAAUAAUAACGCCUUUUAAUAUAUUAGUAUAAA